GGUGUCGCGUCAAGGCCUUCGACAGGCACUGCAACAUGGUGCUGGAGAACGUGAAGGAGAUGUGGACCGAGGUGCCCAAGAGCGGGAAGGGCAAGAAGAAAUCCAAGCCCGUGAACAAGGAUCGCUACAUCUCCAAGAUGUUCCUGCGCGGGGACUCCGUCAUCGUCGUCCUGCGCAACCCCCUCAUCGCCGGGAAGUAGAGAAGCCACCCAAAGGAACCCCCCCGGCACCCCC